AUGCUUUCGUCGGUGGUUCAAAAGGGACAAUGGGUAUCAGGUUCUGCUGACGGUUUUCGAUCGGUGUUGGCGCUGGAAAUUGGUCUCUCCGUCGAGAAAAAAUGUCUAUUUAACGUGAAGAUGCGCGUUGCCAGAGGGUGGUCGAUUUCUCUCUGCGUCUCCUCGUUCUCCGCCUCCGCCCCUUUCCCUGUCUCGUCUUCUCGAUUUUCUCCGAGUAUUUCGCGUUUCGAUUUCCGGUUUUUCUGUUCUUCGAUCUUCGAUCGGUUCGAGGGUGCAAGGAAGGUGUGUCAUAGCGCAGUGCCUAGUAAUAAUAAACUUCACUCCAACAAUACUAUGGAUAGAGAGACUGUACAGUUUGAGAGGCCUACCGGCAUUGAGGCUGAUAAACAUCUUCAUGUGUGGUCAUCUCCAGAAGGAGGACAAAAGAUAGAUAUAGGAAAGAAGAUAUUCUGUAAUAGAUCUCUAAACAUGAGGAAUAUAGUUGCUGUUGGAUUCGAUAUGGACUACACUUUAGCACAAUACAAGCCAGAGACAUUUGAGUCACUUGCCUACGAAGGCACAGUUAAAAAGCUGGUUAAUGAUUUGGGAUAUCCUACAGAGCUACUGGAGUGGUCUUUCGACUGGACUUACAUGGUCAGAGGACUCGUUCUGGACAAAAAGAGGGGCAACAUACUGAAGAUGGAUCGGCAUAAAUAUGUUAAGGUGGCUUAUCAUGGAUUCACAGAGCUGUCGAAGGAAGAAAAGGUUGCUGCAUAUGGAAGCAGAUUGAUCCGUGAAGCAUUUGAUGAGCCUGAAUAUGCUCUGAUUGAUACUCUCUUCUCUUUGGCUGAAGCAUACUUGUUUGCACAACUUGUUGACUUUAAAGAUAAGAAUCCUGGAAAAAUCCAAGCAGACUACUCUCGCAUGUACAAAGAUGUUCGAGCUGCAGUUGAUUUGUGUCAUCGCGAUGGGACAUUAAAGAAGAUGGUCGCAAAGGAUCCUAAAAGGUAUAUAAAUGAGGACUCCUCAAUUGUGCCUAUGCUGAAGAUGCUUAGGGAUUCUGGCCGUGCCACAUUUCUGGUGACCAACAGCCUAUGGGAUUAUACCAAUAUUGUAAUGAACUUCCUUUGUGGACCAAGAGCAGGUGAUGAGGGCUCGGUCGACUCUUCUUUGAGUUUUGAUUGGCUUCGAUAUUUUGAUGUCAUUAUUACUGGAAGUGCAAAACCAGGUUUUUUCCAUGAUGAAAACCGUGCUAAUCUUUUUCAAGUUGAACCUGAGUCAGGAAUGCUUCUUAAUACAGAUAAUGGAACUCCUAUGCCUCAGGUAGAUGCUUCUCUAAGGUUGCCUUUGAAGAGCUUAGAUAAAAGUUCCCAAGUUUUCCAGGGAGGAAAUGUUGGGCAUCUGCAUAAGUUACUCUCUAUAGAGUCAAGCUCCCAGGUACUUUACGUUGGAGAUCACAUAUAUGGAGAUAUCUUGCGUAGUAAAAAAGUUCUAGGUUGGAGAACAAUGCUCGUUGUUCCUGAGCUUGAGAAAGAAGUCAAACUUCUAUGGACAUUGAGGGAUUCCCGCAAGCGACUUCAGUUAUUGAGGAACGAGCGUGACAAUAUUGAAGACCAGAUACAUCACCUGAAGUGGUCUCUCAGGUUUGAUGGUGUAAAUUUUGUGAACAAGGAAGAGAUAGCUGCUGAGCUUGACAAAUGCCAGUCUCAGCUGGAGUUGGUGCGGCUGAGUCAUCAAGAAGCUCAGCGAGAAUGCCACCAGAAGUUCCACAAGGUAUGGGGACAGCUGAUGAAGACUGGUUACCAGAACUCACGCUUCGCACAUCAGGUGGAAAGAUUUGCUUGCCUCUAUACCAGCCAAGUAUCCAAUUUGAGCCUCUAUUCACCUGAUAAGUACUACCGACCGGGUGAAGAUUUCAUGCCUCAUGAGUUUGAUAUCAUAUCUUUAUGA